GUCGGCGCUGAGGGGACGCGCUCCGUCUCCUAGCAGCAGCAGCCUCCUCAGCCCCAUGGAGCCCGGCGGGGAACGCGAGCGGCGGCGGCGGCGGGACCUCCCCGAACUCAGGCACCAGGCGGCCGAGUAUUAUCGGAGCAACGAGGUCCCGCAACGGCUAGAGGAGGCGCUCAACGCCACGUUCUACCUGCGUCCUGCGGACCUCUACGGCCAUCUGGCGAACUACUUCUCUACAUUUUCAAAACCUCCAGUAAUAUGCAAAUUAAUUGGAAGGAAGGUCCUUGAUGGAGUUGGUCGACCAACAUUAGAAGUGGAAAUAUUUUGCACAGUUAAAAACCAUGAGAAGAGCAUUUGUUCCAUUGUGGUCUCUUCUCACUCUGAAAUCCUUGAAAAUGCUUCACCUGAAGCAAUUGAUGCUGAUGAGAAAGAAAGAAAUGACUCUAUUAAUAGAGCCCUGGAAUGGAUAAAUGGAUCACUGAAUGAAAUGCUCAGAGACCUGCAACCUGCUGACCAGUGUAAAGUUGAUGAGCUGCUUGGUGAAUACUUUGCAAAGAAGGUAGAAGAAGAAAAAGAAAGAAAGGCAAUUGAAAAGGAAGAACAAGAAGCAGUAAUUUCUGCACCUGCAUAUAUUCCAGCUGUAUCAGCUGUAACACCAUCUGGCAAAAAAAAAGGAGUCAAAUUAGGGAAGAAGAGUUCUGUUGCAGAGAAACCAAUCUCACCCACGGAACCUAUUGAACCUGUGCUCUGUGGCAGCAUAGCCAUUGGAGGAUUAUCACUUGCUGUUGCUAAAACUGGUGCCACCAUUAACAACACACCUUUGUACUUACAUCUUGCAUUGAUGAAACAUGAUCAGCUUUCUCAAUUUCAGGAUUUGCCUAAGGAGUUGACUGUGCCACUACCAAUGGUCACUCUGUUGAGCUGUGGAAAAUCAUCAUCUGGAAAACUGAAGUUAAUGAAAGAAGUGAUGCUCAUACCACCCACAGAGUUAACAGUUAAACAAGGUAUUGAAAGGCUUCUGGAGAUUCAGAAACAAAUGAUGAAAUUGCUGGAUCCUGUAGGCAAAGGGCCAUCAGUUUCAAAGAGAAUAUCCCAUUUGGGGUGCUUAAUAACAGGGUGCGAUAGUCUAGAACAACCUCUGAUCUUACUGCAAACAGCUUGCAGGAAUCUAGGUCUGGAACUAGGAAUAGAUGUACAUUUAGCAAUAAACUGUGCGGCUCAUGAAUUGAUGGACUAUACCAAAGGAAAAUAUGAAGUACUGACUGGAACACUCAAGAGUCCUGAUGAAAUGGUCGAUAUGUAUGUGGACCUAAUUAAUAAAUACCCCUCUAUUAUUGCAUUAAUAGAUCCCCUGAGGAAAGAGGAUGGCCAGCAAUGGAGCAAUAUAUGUAAUACUGUUGGUUCCAGAUGUUAUUUGAUUGCAGAAGAUGCAGCCAAAAGUAUUUCUAAACUUGUGGAGGAUCAAAAUAUAAACGUACCAAAAUGCAGUGGUCUUAUAAUAAAAUAUACAAAUCAAACCAAGAUAUCUGACCUCACAGAACUUACCCGACUUCUAGAUGGUCAAAGACAUAUUGCCAUAUUAGGAAGUCCAGCUGGAGAAUCUUCUGAUGAUAGCCUUGUAGAUCUGGCUGUUGGCCUGGGUGCCAGGUUUAUCAAGUUGGGAGGUCUUUCCCGUGGAGAAAGGGUGACCAAAUACAACCGCCUUCUUGCUAUAGAGGAAGAACUGGCCAAGAAUAGAACACUGCGUUCAGGAGAAAACCAUGAAUUUGUUGAUUUUGCUGAAGAGGCACAAACAGCAGAAGAACUUCCCGACGCACUCCCUCCCACAGAGCAGGACCCAUGGCCUUCACAGCAUUCUCAACCUCUGCUGGCCCAGGUCCAAAAUCCUGAUUCCUUACAUGGUAGUACACUGCAUCUCAACGAGGCUACCAAGAUGGACCCAUCAAUAUUUCCUUAAUGACUGUUUGGCACUAAGGUGAUAUCAAAGGUCUAGUCCAUCAAGGUGCUGAGCGUCCUCAGCUCUCAUUAAAGUUAAGAGGAGUUGAAGGUGCUCAGCACCACAUAGGAUUGGACCCUAAAUUUGGAGUUUUAGGUUCUGAUGAUGCCAUUAGAUCUGUGACGAGGGAAUCUUGGGCUUGUAUGUAACCAUAGUUAAGUUUCCACAUGGUUGCAAGGAUUUCCCCCUCGUGCAGAUGCAAUAAGGCGAGAGCUCUAGUGAAU